CAUUUGAGAAAGACAGUCUUUGUCUUAGAUACAAUUAUGUUCCAUUUUAUACGAAUGCAAAGUGAAAACCAGUUUUCACCAUCAAUCAUGUGCAAAGAAAAAUCAUUCUUAUUCUUAAUCCAAAUUAUGGUAGGAGUGCUACUACUGCAUCAUCAUCAAACAUGUGAUGCAAUUACAAAUACUAGUAACCAAACAUUCUGUCCACCUUCUUCAUGCGGCAAAAUCACAAACAUAACACAUCCAUUUCGACUUAAGGAUGAUCCAACAUCAUGUGGUGAUCCAAGGUAUGAGUUAUCCUGCGAAAACAACAUCACAAUGUUAACUCUGUUGUCGGGUAAAUACUAUGUGAAAUCAAUCAACUACAAUAACUACACAAUUCGGUUAGUUGAUCCCGGAAUUGAAGAGGGUGAUUGCUCCACCAUUCCUCACUAUUACUUAUACAAUUAUAAUUUCAGCAGCUCUUAUAUCUACGAUUCUGUUGAUCCAUAUCAAACUUACCAGAGAAGAAUAGUUGAUACUACUAUAUAUGAAAAUGCAGAAGCUCUUACUUUGGAAAUUCUUAAAUAUCCUACAACAUUACAAAUGUUCCAGCACGUAAUUUACAUGAAUUGUAGCAGUCCUGUGAGGGAUGAUCCGGUGUAUGCGGAUGCAGCUGCUUGCAUGAACAAGUCGAAUUCUCAAGGUGGCCAUGUUUAUGCUAUUGCCGGGGAUUUGAAGGUUAGAGACUAUAAAGAUGAUGACUGUCACGUGGAGGUUGUUACGCCGAUAUCCUUUUUCCGUUAUAAUUAUAGCUCUAAGGAGUGGAAUACUCCCGAUGGAAAGUUUUCGUACAUGGACAAAAGUUACCCAAGUUAUUAUAAAAAUAAAUGGAAGGUUCCGAAUCAAAUGUUUGAUUACAGUGAAAUUCAUAGGAUGUUGGUGAGUGGUUUUGAAGUUUCUUGGAUGACUGGUGCUUGUGAAGAUCAUUGCGGAGUCCGAGAUUGCUAUUUGAGAGAAACCACUUGGAGCCUUGAAUGCAAUGAUCCGUCAAGCCCAUGUAUAACAACAUUGGGAUUUCACGUCGGUUGUCCACCUUACCUAUUUGGAGAUUUAGGACCUCCAUCGAAGCUGCGAAUGUUUGUCGAAGGUAUUAUGUACGGAAUUGCCAGAGGACUAACACAUGCAAUAGGUGUGAAAAUAUACGAUGGAGCUCAGGGUGUUUCUGAAUCUAAGAUUGGUAUUGACAUAGGAAAAAUAAUUGGAAGGUAUAUCUUGUCAUCAUAUAUUUUGAUUAGAUUUAUGUUGGGUCUCAUAGCUCUCUUUGGAAAACUCAUACAUACAUAUCGUUCAAGGCAUACAUCAAUGUAUGAAAACAUCGAAGAUUUUCUUCAAGGAAAUUCCCUCAUGCCAAUUAGGUAUUCAUACAAAGAGAUAAAACAGAUGACUAGAAGCUUUAAGGAAAAGUUGGGUGAAGGAGGAUAUGGUAAGGUUUAUAAGGGAAAGCUUCGUAGUGGGCCUUUGGUAGCCAUAAAGAUGUUGGGCAAACUUAAGGGUAAUGGAAAUGGACAAGAUUUCAUUAGUGAAGUUGCAACUAUAGGAAAAAUACAUCACACCAAUGUGGUGCGACUUGUUGGAUUUUGUGUUGAGAAAUCAAAACGUGCUCUUGUUUAUGAUUUCAUGCCCAAUGGCUCUCUUGAUAGAUAUAUUUCCUCUAGAGAAGACCAUAUUUCCUUAACUUAUAAGCAAAUGUACGAGAUAUCUCUUGGAGUUGCACGUGGAAUUGCUUAUUUGCAUCAAGGUUGUGACAUGCAAAUUUUACAUUUCGAUAUCAAGCCUCAUAACAUACUUCUUGACCAGGACUUCAUCGCCAAAGUAUCAGACUUUGGUCUUGCAAAACUUUAUCCAGUUGACAAUAGCAUUGUAACUUUGACUGCUGCAAGAGGAACAAUUGGUUACAUGGCACCAGAAUUGUUCUACAAAAAUAUUGGUAAAGUUUCCUAUAAGGCCGAUGUGUAUAGCUUUGGAAUGCUCUUAAUGGAAAUAGCAAACAGGAGAAGAAAUUUGAACUCAAAUGCAGAUGAUUCAAGCCAAAUUUUCUUUCCCUAUUGGAUUUACAAUGAAUUGAUGGAAGAAAGGGAGAUAGAUAUAUCUGGAGAAGCUACCGAUGAGGAAAAGAAAAAUGUGAAGAAGAUGUUCAUAAUUGCUCUGUGGUGUAUACAAUUGAACCCUAUUGAUCGUCCUUCAAUGGACAGAGUAAUAGAAAUGCUUGAAGGAGAUAUUGAAGACAUUGAAAUUCCUCCAAAGCCUUCUCCAUAUCCAACUGAAAUUAUUCAAGAUAAUGGAGUUAGCUCUACUGAAUCUUUAUGGGAUGAUGAUGUCACCGGUUCAAUUAGUUUUAUUGAAGAAACCGUAGAAGAUCCUUUACUAUAAAAUACUUGUGAUUUGGUUUUUUAUUUUCAUUAAUUAAUCAUCUAAAUUUUAAAUUAAUCAUAAAAAAUUGCAUGUGUUAUUUCUUAAUUUGUUGUCACUUCCAAUAGUGAACACAAACCAUUUUUUUCCAAGUGAUACUAAGCAAUAAACAGAAAGGUAGUUGCAGUAGCAAUCAUAUGUACAUCAUUUGUAUCAGGUCCAAAUAGGCAUGUUUGUUUUAUGUAAUUACGGCUACACCAAAGUAUCCCUUUGUAACAAUGUUUCCUUUAAGUUA